CCCUCAGUGCUCUAUUAAAGCCAGGCAGCCGGCACAGGAGUCCGAGAAGCAGAAAGCCUGAGCCAACCAUGGAGAGGGAUGGCUUCAGCGGGAGCCCCCUGGGCACCAAAGAGAGCCGCGCGGGGAAAGGCAAGGAGCAGGACUACGGGGACACUGCCGGGGACACUCAGACAGUGAACAUGCUGGCUCCUUUGGACGUGGGGGACGAGCAGCAGCCCGAGAAAGGAGCGCGGGCUCACAAAACCAAGAAUCCCAACACCUACAAAGUGCUCUCCCUGGUGCUGUCUGUUUGCAUGCUAACAACAAUCCUUGGGUGUAUAUUUGGAUUGAAACCAAGCUGUUCCAGAGAAGUAAAAAGUUGCAAAGGUCGCUGUUUUGAGAGAACAUUUGGGAACUGUCGCUGUGAUGUUGCCUGUGUUGAACUUGGAAACUGCUGUCUAGAUUACCAGGAAACAUGUAUAGAACCAGAGCAUAUAUGGACUUGUAACAAAUUCAGGUGUGGUGAGAAGAGAUUACCCAAAAGUCAUUGCUCCUGUACAGAUGACUGCAAGGAGAAGGGUGACUGCUGUAUUAACUAUGACUCUGUUUGCCAAGGUGAGAAAAGUUGGGUAGAAGAAAAAUGUGAAAACAUUAUUGAACCUCAGUGUCCAACAGGGUUUGAAACCCCACCUACCAUUUUGUUUUCUUUGGAUGGCUUCAGGGCAGAGUAUUUGCACACUUGGGGUGGACUUCUUCCUGUUAUUAAGAAACUACGAAAUUGUGGAACACACACUACAAAUUUGAGACCAGUAUAUCCAACAAAAACCUUUCCCAAUCACUACACCCUAGUCACGGGUUUGUAUCCUGAAUCCCAUGGAAUCAUUGACAACAAAAUGUAUGACCCAAAAAUGAAUGCUUCUUUUACACUUAGAAAUAAAGAGAAAUUCAACCCAGAGUGGUAUAAAGGAGAACCUAUCUGGCUUACAACUAAGUAUCAAGGUCUUAAGUCUGGCACAUUUUUUUGGCCUGGAUCAGAUGUGAAGAUUAAUGGAAUUUUUCCAGAUAUGUAUCAACUAUAUAAUGGUUCUAUGCCAUUUGAAGAAAGAGUUUUGGUUAUUCUUCAGUGGCUAAAGCUUCCUAAAGAUAAAAGACCACACUUUUACACUCUGUAUUUAGAAGAACCAGAUUCUUCAGGUCAUUUAUAUGGACCCGUCAGCAGUGAGAUUAUCAAGACAUUACAGAGAGUUGACAACAUUGUUGGCAUGUUGAUGGAUGGUCUUAAAGCAAUGAAUUUACACAGAUGCAUAAAUCUUAUUCUUGUGUCAGAUCAUGGAAUGGAACAAGGUAGCUGUAAAAAAUAUGUCUAUCUGAACAAGUAUCUGGGGGAUGUUAAAAAUGUCAAAGUAUUUUAUGGUCCUGCAGCUCGAUUUAGAAUUUUUGAUGUUCCAGAUAAUUAUCAGACUUUUAGUUAUGAAGACAUUGCCAGUAAUCUUUCUUGUAUGGAACCAGAUCAGCACUUCAAACCUUAUUUGAAACAAUUUUUACCUAAACGUUUACACUAUGCUAAGAAUGAUAGAAUUGAGCCCUUGACAUUCUACUUGGAUCCUCAGUGGCAACUUGCAAUGAAUCCAACAGAGAAAAAAUAUUGUGGAUUUGGAUUCCAUGGUUCAGAUAAUAUAUUCUCAAAUAUGCAAGCCCUCUUCAUUGGCUAUGGACCUGCAUUCAAGCAUAAUACUAAAGUUGAACCCUUUGAAAACAUUGAAAUUUAUAACUUAAUGUGUGAUUUACUGAAUUUGAAACCAGCUUCAAAUAAUGGAACUCAUGGAAGUCUUAACCAUCUUCUAAAGAAACCUGUUCACAUACCAGAGCAUCCCAAAGAAGUAAGCCACAUAGCAAAAUGUCCUUUUAUGAAGAAAACAAAAGAAAACCUUGGUUGCUCAUGUGACUCGGUUUCAUCCAUGAUGGAUUUUCAGUCGGAGUUAAAUAUGACCACAGAAGAAGAAAGGAUAGUCAAGCGAAACAUUCUGCCCUAUGGAAGGCCUAGGGUUCUUCAAAAGAACAGUACUUUUUGUCUUCUUUACCAGCACCAGUUUGUAAAUGCAUACAGCCAUGACAUCACAAUGCCACUCUGGAGUUCCUACAACGUUGGUAAAAAUGACAGUUUCUCUGCAGAAGACUUUUCAAACUGUUUCUAUCAGGAUCAUCGAAUAUCUCCAAGUCCCAUACAGAAGUGUUCAUUUUACAAAAACAAUCCAAAGCUAAAUUAUGGAUUUCUUUCCCCUCCACAACUUACUAAAGGCACCAAUAGUAGGCAUCAUGAAGCCCUGAUUACCAGUAACAUAAUACCAAUGUAUCACAGUUUUCAAGUCAUAUGGAAUUACUUCCAUAAUACCCUACUGCCAAGGUAUGCUGGAGAAAGGAAUGGAGUUAAUGUAGUCAGUGGUCCUGUCUUUGACUUGGAUUAUGAUGGACUGUAUGAUACUCCAGACAUACGAAAACACAAACGCAUCAAUAAUCAAGAAGUUCUGAUACCCACUCAUUACUUCGUUGUGCUAACAAGUUGCAAAAAUAAAACCCAGACUCCUUGGAGAUGUGAGAAUUCUUUAGAGACCCUUGCGUUUAUUAUUCCUCACAGGACAGACAACAGUGAAAGUUGUACGCGUGGAAAGCCUGAAUCCUUGUGGGUGGAAGAACUUCUACGGUUUCACAGAGCCCGCGUUACUGAUGUUGAACUUAUUACAGGACUAAGCUUCUAUCAAGACAGAAAAGAGGCAGUCUCAGACAUUUUGAAGCUGAAAACAUAUUUGCCAACUUUUAAUCAAGAAGAUUGAUUUCAUUUUUUUUCUGCCAUGUUUCAUUGUGAGAGAACUUUACAUUUCAUGGAAAAAAAGACAUUCUAUUCCCAGUGCCAUAUAUUAGCAUAUUGAUUGGGAUAUUCAGCCAAAAGUUGAUUUGGGAAUUGUCCAUGUGACACUUGUUUCUCAGGGAAACUUGCUGGACUAAGCACAGCAUUAGGAAGGAACUCCUAAUGACUUACACAUAUAUGAAUAUAUAAAAAUGGCAUGCAUUGUUCCAGUCUUGGGAAUAAAGUCAGAGAAGUAGAACUGCUUUUCUACUUCUCUUUGUCCUGAGAGGAGAAGGGCAAGUAAACCAAAAAAAUCUUUGGAAGUCAGAUUUUUAUUUUUAUUUUUUGAUAAUUAAUGUGCUCACAUAAAGUCUGUGUAAAUGAGA